AAAAAGGUGUCAAAGUUGUCAAAUUCAGUGGGAUUCUUUGAGAUUGUGGGCACAAUUCUCCAGCCAAACACCGACUACAUUCUGACAGCAAGAAUGAGCACAAACUAUAACGAACACAAGAUACUGAGUGACCAGAGCGCACCAGUUGAGUUCACCAGCCCCUCAUCUCCACAUGAUAUAGUCAGAACGGUGGUUCCACCUCUGUGUGUUGGUUUAGUCCUCAUCAUUUGUGCUAUCUUCAUCUGCGUUUUGAGGAUGAAGAAAAAAUGGUGGGACAAGAUCUCCAACCCAAAAGUAGAUGCCAGUUUUGGAGAAGAGAAGGGUCAUAUUUUGCCUCCUUCCAUUAUGAACUUCUCCACAAUCCAUGUAGAGAUUCCAAAACUUGAAUUUCAGGAGGAAAAGAAAUUGAUCUCAGCGUCAUCAGUAGAUACAACCAACGAGAAAAGUUCCCACAGUGUUGAGUCGGCGGCAGACGAUUACGGCCAGGCCGGCUUUGAUUCUGGUAGUGACAAGGAGAAUUGCAGUUCGGUCAACGUCUUAUCACACGUCAAACAUGCCCUAGAUGAGGAUUUAAAAUCCCUUCUUUUUACCAGCAACACACCCAGCAAUCAGGGCACUACGAUGAUAGUCAAGAGUGUUGGUAUCAGUUCCUCAAGAGAAAACAACGGUGCAAACCGAGAUUCAGGCAACUGCUCUGGCUCAUCGGUUUUGUAUUUGGAAUCGGCCACUGAUGAUUCUUCAUUCCUGGAGCAGCUGAGCUGUGAUCAUUCCUGUCAAUCCGACAAGAGGGAAAACUCCUUUAUGAGGGAGUUUACCUUUCCCACUAUUGAUGCUUUGGAAGAUGGAUAUCAGUGCUUCAACAGUGUUGUGAACCAGGGAAAUGAUGCAGAUGUUUGUUUGAACCGUUCAGAUGAUGUUGAUUCUGAUGAAAAUUUCAUUGGGAAUAAUAUCAUCACUUGUAAAAAUCCACCUAAUCCUUCUCUGUUGCUCCAUGAUGGCAGCGUCACACCAAGUGAUGAUGGAUAUCAAGCUUUUGAAGGCUUAACAAAGAGCACAGAAGGACAGUGGAGCACGAGCACCAGAACCGAACAAGCUCUUGAUGAAUGUGGAGCGCUGAAAUUCCCCCACAGCACUGGCCAAGAUCCCACAUCAAAAAGUUUGUGGGAUCCUCUUUGCAUUUCUCACCCAUUAUUCAAAUAGACACUUCCUAUCAGUCUGUUUAGCUGUGCUGUACACAACUGAAACAUUGAAUUAUCUUUGUAUGUAAUUUGUUGUUCUGCAUGAAUCACCCAUGAAACUAUGACCAGUAAUAACUAUCUUUAAACCUUCAAUUCAAGUUACACUUUUAACAAUAAGAGGUUGUACAGUGUCUUAAAUGCCUGAAGAGGACAUGUAUUACCAUUUUGACAUUAUUCUGUAUGAUUUUAUCGUCUUUGACAUUGAGUAACUGUCACGGAGUCACAGCCGACACACUAUAAAGACUCUCACUCUCUGCACUUCAGUGUCUGGUCUCGUCUAACAUACCU